AUGAGUAACACGUAUGAAGACGAUCCCUGGGGAAACGGAUGGGCUGAUGACACCCCUCUGGCUAGUCAAUUCAUAUCGCCAUCCCAAUUACUCAAUACAUCAGAAAGUCAAUUGAGUUUUACUUAUGAUGAAUCCAAAGUACCUUCAAGUUAUAAGAAAGUUUACGAAGAUUUAAAAGAUGAAAUCACUUCAGGUAAUGAUUUUGAAAUGAAGAUUAUGAACAAGCUAGUGGAACAUCAUUAUUUAACAGGAUUUCAAAGAACAAAAAUCAUGAACACCAUCUAUGAUCAUAAUUUAUUACCAUUCACUCAAUCAUCAAAGUUCUAUCAAUGUUUGGGUUUAGUAGCAUUAGAAUUAGAUUUAGAAGGUUCUGGGGAUUACGUAACGUUACAAUUCAAAAUCGAAGAAUUACCAGAAAUUGUUGAUAAAAUUGUUGAUAUCUUUUUGGCCAAAGAUACGUCUAAUGAUUUUACUGAUCCAUUAACUUCACAAUUAGCUGAUACUAAGUUAGACGAUGAAUUGAUUGACGAUACCAUUGAAGAUAUCCCACCAGUACAAAACGAAGCACCAGUAAGUGAUAAUGAAAUGACUAAAUAUAUCAAUGAUAUAAGGGACGAAUUCAAAGUGUUAUACGAUUCCAAAGAUAUUGUUAAUAUUAAAGAAGUGCCUGAAAAGGAAGGAUUGUUAUUUAAACAUAUCAAUUAUGUGAUUUCUCACCAAGUUAAUUUAGGUAUGAAUGCACCUGCAGGCAUGAAGAAAGUUAUAAGAAGAUAUUCUGACUUUGUAUGGUUAUUAGAAUAUCUUUUAAAGAAAUACCCAUUCAGAAUCAUUCCUGGAUUACCACCAAAAAAAUUCACUGUAGGAGCCUCCCCAGAUUCACAAUUCUUACAAAGACGUCGUAGAGGUUUAUAUAGAUUUUUAAAUCAAAUCAUCAAACAUCCGGUGUUAAGAGGUGAUGCCGUAGUAGUUACAUUUUUAACUGUACCAACAGAUUUAGCUAGUUGGAAAAAACAAGCACAAAUUGAUUAUUCUUUGGAAUUCAAAGGUAAUAAGAUUUCCCCAUCAUUCAUGAAUAACAUUUGGCCCUCUAUUGCAGAAGAUUUCUUGGAAAAAUGGAAAAUUGCUGAAUCUUCAAUUGGUUCAAUCAUUGAAUCAUGGACAAAAAUAGUAUUACUUGUUGAAAGAUAUGAAAGAAGACAACAACAGAUUGCUUAUGAUAAUAAUAAAUUUGUAGAAAUGUUGAACAAAUUCGAAGAUUUGAAUAAUGCCAUUUACCCAUUUGAAGAUAAGAAAAAUGGAGUUUUCACCAAUAGUAACAAAGAUGAUAUGUUAUCUAUCAAUUCGUCGAUAAACAGCAUUAGUGAUUUCUUCAAUGGAUCCAGUAAAUUGAUUGUAGAUGAUAUUUUUGAAAUCAAUACCUCAAUUUUAGAGAAGUUCAAGAACUAUCUUGAUUAUCUUUAUUCCAUAGUAGAAUUAUUCGAUAGGUGUAAGAAAUUAUCAGGUAAUAAUAUCAGUCAACUACAAGUGAAAAUCAAAGAGAAUGAAGAAAAGUUCAAUAGGUUAAAUAACGAAGAAGCUGAUAUUAAAGGAAGCGAUAUAGCUAAAUUAAAACAACUUAUCAUCAACGAUAAACAGGAGAUGUUUCAACAAUUGAAUAAAGAUUGGUUAAUUAAGCAAUGUUGCUUACAAGAGUUUAUCAAAUUCCAAGAAACCCAAUUCUUAUUGAGUGAAUUAUGGAUUGAUUGGUCUAAAGGUAGAACAAGAUAUCAACAAAAAUUAACUAAUUUACAUGAGAAUAUGAACGAUUCCAUCUCAAAUGAUAUGCCAUUAAGUCGUUAA